CGAGGGGCGCAGCGGCGCGGGGGCGGUGCCAGUGCCGGUGGCGGGGUCGGUGGCGGCGAGAGGGGAUCCGCCGGGAAGAUGGACGAGUUCCAGGCGGCUGAGGAGGCUGCCUUUCUUGUUGAUGAAGUCAGCAGCAUCAUUAAAGAGGCCAUAGAGGGCGCUAUCGGUGGCAACGCCUACCAGCACAGCAAAGUGAACCAGUGGACAACGAGCGUGGUGGAACAAACCCUGAGCCAGCUCACAAAGCUGGGGAAGCCCUUCAAGUACAUCGUGACCUGUGUGAUUAUGCAAAAGAAUGGUGCUGGGCUACAUACAGCAAGCUCUUGCUUCUGGGACAACUCCAGUGAUGGAACCUGCACUGUGAGAUGGGAGAAUAAGACCAUGUACUGUAUUGUCAGUGCCUUUGGACUUGCAUUAUAAUUGCCUUGUUCAUUCUCCUCUUUUCUAUUCCAGCACUUGAUUCCAUCUCCACUCAAACUGUGAAUACCUGAAAUUGUUUUUAAGGCAUUUUUUAGUAACUUUUCUUCAAAGGUAGAAAUUUGAAAACAUGCUGUUACCUGUUUUAUGUUUGUACCUAGUACCAUACCAGUGUUUUCUAUACUUUUUUAUCACUUAAAAACUUCUCUUCAAGGUGCUAAUACUGAAAUCUGCUGCAGUAUAAACACUUUCUCUACAUUUCUUUUCUUAGACCAAUAUAAAUGAGACACUGACUUUCAACUUUGUACUUUUGGUUAGCAUUAAAUUAUUGAAAUUCAUAA